GAAAAGGAGCGUCUCUGCUGGAGGCAGCGAGGGCAGCGGAGGCAGCGGAGGCAGCCCGCACCGCAGACACUCACAGUCCGGAGACACCGCGGAGGAAACGCAACUGAGUCUUCAAAGAGUCAUGGUAGCUGGGAGAAUGCGCUCCACCCGCAGACUGCGCUCCUGGAUCGUCGAACAGGUCAGCAGUGGGAAGUACCCGGGGCUGGUGUGGGACGACGAGGCCAAAACAAUGUUCCGCAUCCCUUGGAAACACGCCGGGAAACAGGACUUCCGGAAGGACGAGGACGCUGCCAUCUUCAAGGCGUGGGCGGAGUUCAAAGGCAAGCUGACAGACGGGGGUCAGGACAACCCGGCGUCCUGGAAGACCCGGCUGCGCUGCGCCCUGAACAAGAGUCCGGAGUUCAGUGAGGAGAUGGAGCGAGCCCAGCUGGACAUCUCUGAGCCGUACAAGGUCUACCGCCUGGUCCCCAUCAACGAGCAGGGUGUGGUGGUUCCUGAAAAGAAAUGCAGAGUAAAAGCCACCAAGAGGCCGAAAAGGAGGAGGAGCACCGACUCUGAGAGCAGCGACGACAGUCAGGUCAAGCAGAUAAAGACGGAGGAGGCCACCUCACAGCUGUGUGUUGAAGACAUCGUGCUGUGGAGUGACAUCCCCGUCCAGACAGAAGAACCCGCUCAGCACGCCGCCACCAUACAGAGAGACGUAGUCAAUGAGAUCAGGUUGGACGUGCGGAUCGAGGAGAGCGUUCCUGCUCCAGCAGGAGUCCAGGACUCGUUCAACGUGGUGAUUCAUUAUUUAGGACAGGAGGUUCUCAAACGCCAAAUCCAGAGCAAUGACGUCAGGAUAAUGUACUCGCCUCCCUCUCCCGUUCCCCCGACGCCGGCCGCCCUGAAGGGCGGGUUUCCACGCAUCCCGCUGCCGGAGCCGCCCUCCACGCUGCCGGCCGUCCCGGAGCUGCAGGCCCUGUUCACCCUGCUGCCCUUCAUGGAGAAAGGGGUGGUGCUGACCGCCACGCCGCGGGGAGUCUACGGAAAACGGUUCUGCCAGGGGCGGGUCUUCUGGACGGGGCCGCACACGACCACGGGGCUGCACAAGAUGGAGAGAAACACGGAGCCGGUCAUGCUCUUCAGUAAAGACUGCUUCAAGCAACAACUGGACCACUUCCGUCUAAACGGCGGCGAGCCUCCUCAGUGCGGCGUCACGCUGUGUUUUGGAGAAGAGCUGAGUCACACUGAAGACCCGUCUGGAAAACUCAUCAUAGUUCAGGUAAAUAUCACGUUCCCGUGGGCAGAACAGCAGGUCCAGAAUGUCCAGAACGUCCAGUCCGUCUUCGACUCCAUCAGCUCCCUCUACACGCUGGCCAGUCAGUCUCCACAGGGAGAAAUCACUCUGAACCUGAUCGCCAUGCCUUCGCCGGACUCGGAGGCCAUCACUUGUGGGAGCGUCUGAGCACUUUGUCCGGCGUGAAGGGGGAGUUUUCAUUCCAAAAUAGAAGACAACCCAGUCGCUCACAAAAUAAAAGCAGAGGGCUCACCAUGGUUAUCACCUUAAAUGCAUCCUCUAAAAUGUGUCUGAAUCCUCCCGGAGAGAUUUCCGAUACCAAAAUAAAAGCAUAGAUUUCUGAUACCAAAAUAAAAGCAUCUAAUGCGUUUUUUUUAGAAUCACCCAGCCCUAACAGAUAGCACAAAACAAAUCUUAUAGCACUUACCAAAACUCAAAUAGAAAACGUCAAUACUGGACUCAUUUUUCUUUUCCCUGAAAAUGGAUAUUGAACAUUCUUGGGAUGGACUUUGGCCCCUCGCGUCCUCGUAGAGAUUAGCUGGUGAACUGGAAGCACUACAUGUUAAACCAACACUGAGAAGUCGUCUUCACCGCUGCAACGAUUAGUCGAUCGACAGAAUUAAUCUGGAAAACAUUUUUAAAAAACGAUUUCUGUCAAUCGUUUUAACACUCUCUGGUAUCAGCUUCUCAAAUGUGACCCUCUGCAUUUUUUCUUUGUCACAUAUGACGGUAACUUUCUCAAGGUUUUUCGACUGUUUAGUGAUGAUAGUUUUACUAUUUUUUACAUUUCAAUAGACCGAACAGUUAAUCCAGACAAUAAUCCAUAGUUGCAGUUCUAGUUGUCUCGUUUCCUCUGGGUUAUCUGGAAAAUAUUGAAAAUGUGAUGUUAACUCUGAUCAUGGCUGCACGGCUGUCUUUCCUCUAAGCCAGUGGUUCCCAACCUGUGGUUCUGGACCCUCAGAAAGUUACCUCCGAGGGGUCAAGAGACCUUAGACAUUACGUUCCCAUACAUCGAAACAGCAUUGACGAUUUACGUUCGCAGGAGAAACUUAUUUUCUCCCCGGUUACAUCUGUUUUUGAAGUAUUACAAAAAUGAAUGACAAAGUCCUCGAGGUCGAGGUAGAUGGAUGGAUGGAUGGAUGGAUGGAUGGAUGGGUUAUAAAAACAAGUCUGUGUUUUUAUAACCCAUCCACCCAUCCAUCCAUCCACUCGACUUCCAGGACUUUGAUUAGAAACAUUUUUGUAAUACUUCAAAAACAAAUGUAACGUGGGGAGAAAAUACGUUUCUCCUGCAAACGUAUAUCGACAAUGUUGUUUUCUGUGUGAAACCAAAAACAGUAUUUACCAAGCGUACCUAUUCUUUUUUUGUUAUGUAACAAAUGUACUUAUUUAACCCAAACCAGGAUCUUCUCCUCAACCAAACCAAGUCGUUUUUUGUAUCAAUUCACAACUAAACAAGCAGUUUAGUUUGCAUAGGAACGUCAUUUUGUAGGAGACAGGGUUUCAAGAGGAGAUUACCAGGAAAAGAAAGCAGAAAAGCACACGUCGGCUUCCCAAUAUUAACUCAUCUUUGCUGGGGUUUUUUCUUGGAAAAUUAUUGGAUAAUUUUAGGGGUUUUAUUUA